GCUAUCGACCACCUCUAGACAAAACAAAUAUUUUGCAUUUUCCGGUGAAAUUAAUUGAAAAUUCAGAUUUUCGCCAUGCGUUCACGCAGCAGGAGUCGCAGCCGGGAAAGGGACCGCCGCAGACGCAGCAGAUCCGACUCCAGAGGGCGUUACCGCUCCCAGAAGAGCCGGAAUUCAGUUUCUAAGGAGCGGGAAAAACACAGAGAGCGGGAGCUUCACAAGGAAAGGACUUCUAAUCGGAAUUCCCGACGUUCCAGGGAGAAGGACGCAGCAGCGCCUCGUCGUCGUCGCACCCGCUCCUUGUCCUCUAGCAGCUCGGGAAGCAGCAGUGGCAGUCCCAGUUCCUCGAGAAGCUCCUCUGGCCAUAAAAAAUCCCAAAAGAAGUCAGUGGAACGCUGGCCCAACGAUCGGUUCCACGAGAACAACGACCGGCGACAAAAUCCCUUCCGCGGCCGAGCUCCAGAGGGCAGUUUCAUCAACGAUCCUGCCGAACCGUCCACUAGAAGCCAUCAGAGAGGUCGCGGUGCCGCCGGUGGCCAUCCCUCCAAUGCCAAUGUAAAUGCCCGCAGGAACCAGCGGGUGCGCAUCGGCGAGGAGGGCGUGCCCGACGUUUGGGGAAAGAGUCCAACGCGACCAGAAAACGACGAUGUGGAGCUGGUCAAGGGCUCCUACGUGGGACCCAAGAAAAAGAAGAAGAAGGGCAAGAAGAAAGUCAAAUCCGAAAAGAAAUCAAAGAAGAAAUCCCAAAAAUCGAAGAAGAAGAAGAGCAGAAAGUCCAGCUCCUCGGAGGAGUCGUCUUCCAGUGAAUCCAGCAGCGAGGACAGCAGCGAUGACUCCAGUGAUGACACCAGCAGCUCCAGUUCCGCGAGCAAGGAUGAAUCUGAGGAAGAUGUUUGGCUGGAGAAAACCGCCGAGGGCAUUAAGAAACCCAAAAAGAAAAAGUCCACAGCAGGCAAAAAGGAAAAGAAAUCCAAGAAGAAGAAGAAGAAGAAGAGAAAGUCCGAGCUGGCCAAGUCCAAGAAGAAGGGCUCCUCCUCCUCCUCCGGCAGGUCGAAGACCAAAGACAGCUCCAACCACAACGACGAGGAUGUGGGUCCCUCCCUACGCACCGGAGGCAGCCUCAAUCAAAAGGACUUUGGCAAGGCCCUGCUGCCCGGCGAAGGAGCUGCCAUGGCUGCCUACAUCGCUGAGGGCAAGCGGAUUCCCCGGCGUGGAGAGAUCGGUCUGACGUCCGACGAGAUAGCCAACUUUGAGUCCGUGGGCUAUGUGAUGAGCGGCAGCCGGCAUCGGCGCAUGGAGGCGGUGCGUAUUCGCAAGGAGAACCAGCUGUACUCCGCCGACGAAAAGCGGGCGCUGGCCAUGUUCAGCAAGGAGGAGCGCCAGAAGCGCGAAAACAAGAUCCUGUCGCAGUUCAAGGACAUGAUCCACAACAAGCUGCAGGCCAAGGACAAGAAGUAGAUUUCACAUUUCUGAUUAAACAUUUCUGACGAUGAAA